AUGGAAGGAUGCGGCGCCGGUUCUUUGGGGCUCACAAUUCAGCGUCUCGCACCCGUGGAACCAAUCGCUCAGCAACCUGUUUCAGUCAGCGCCAGCGCAUUCAGACGGACAUGCUGCCGUCGCCCUCUCGAGCACCUCGACACGGCCGAUGUCGCCACCCUCGACCAGAACCUACACGACAUUGACGAAGCCUUGCGCCACAUACAAGAUGAUUGGCCCGUCAAGGGUUUCUACGUCGGCUCGCAAUUCAUUGAGACCGUUGUCGUCCCUCCGCAAGAGCAGCAUGCCUACUCCUACGAGGAGGGCCUCUCGGAUUUUGAGGAUGAAAUGAGGGCUGCCCACGACUGGUACGAUUCACAAGACGACGACGACGACGACGACGACGACGAUUUCAACGAUGUUGACGGCCUGGGCCAGCCCAUUUCCAGUGAUGAGGACGACGACGUUGACGGCCUAGGUCAGCCCAACGUCGAUAAUGCGGUCGAGGCUGCGGAUGGCCAGGAGUCGCAUCACAACGCCAAUGGCGCGUUUCAGCCUGAGCACGAACAUGAAGCGCAUCACGAGGCCGAUUUUGACGAAGAGGAGGAACCCACCCGCCCCUUCGAUCCCAAACCUUACUCUCUGAAUGCCGAGGAGUACCAAGCCAGGUUCCACGUCGACCUCGCCAAACGGCUGCUCCAACGCUGUAAGCACAUCCGGGGAAUCGUUCGGACUCGGUCUCGGAAGCAUAUGCGACCUCUAAACCUCGGCGACAUGCCGCACGACAUUCUCGCACGUAUUCUCGCUCCCGAGGAAAAUCAGACCAUCGUCCAGAAGGGAUAUUGCCCGCCAGAGUACCUCCGAAACAAGGAAGAGCUGAACCUGAUGAAGUCUCUACGCCUUACUUGUCGAUCUCUUGCGGGCAUGAUUGCCCCGCUACUUUUUUCCUUCCUCACUGUGCGUCUGACGGACGAAUCUCUUACCAAACUUGUUUACAUCUCUCGUCACCCGAGUCUAGGGAGGGGCAUCAAGACCAUUCGUAUCGCCGCCCCUUACCAAGAUGCCUUCAUUGCAGAGAAUCCCGCGCACUUCGUCGACCACGUUCUUUAUAUCAUGGUACAACGUUUUAUGAUCACCGAUGAGGCGACUGGGAGAAGUCAAUGGUGCGGCGGCUUGCCAGCAGAAGAACAAGCUUAUCACGAGUUCAUGAACGGCGUCAGACAUUUCCACAGCCUCGAUCGCGAUGAGGGUUUCAAUGCUCGGGUGCCGGGAGGCGAUUGGUAUGCCAGGUUCUCACAACACACGUUUCUCUUUCACUGCUGGAACGCCUAUCGCAACAAGUUAGCUGAGGAAUUUCGCGUCCUGGAUGGCAUCUACAAUGAGGGAGACAACUUUGUCCGAUUAGUUGCAGACACCAUCGCCCGGAUGCCCAACGUCGAGACCCUGACCUUCUCGGAUCACUCCCAUGACCAGCCUUGGGUCCUCAAAUACCGUGACACACGCAACAAAUUCACUGGCGAGCCGCUCUUUGAUCUCUUCACGCGGGGGAGCAACUGGGAUAAUGCGAGGAACCUCCCCUCGGGCGGAUCGCAGAAUCGGUGUCUGUCGAUGUUAGUAAGCCUCUUAUCGACGAUAGGAAGUCGCAACAUCCAGCUCAAGCAUCUCGAAAUCAAUGUCACCGCACCUAAUACGCUCACCGGGUUCAGCGUCACACCCGAUGCCAGGGAGAGCUUCCAGCGGGCUAUGCGAAACGUGGAGUUUCUCAAAUUCCACAUCUCACACGACCCAUUUAACAGGACGCCCAUGACAGGGAAUUACCCCCCAAGAGAACCCGAAGAACUAGACAGCCUGGAUGAGUUCCUCGACUGUCUCCUAUCGUCGAAUAACCUUCGCGAGCUCGACCUGAGCUUCGAGUCGUUGCGGGAAGAGAACGUGGACGACCCCGUGAGAUAUUAUCUUCAAUCCCUUUGGAAAGCUAGGCCCUGGCCGCACCUACGCAAAACCACUUUGAACAGCGUUUGCAUGGACUCCAGGAAGCUCAAGGGCUUACUCGGCAACAGACCCCUGUGGAUUACGGAGUUACACAAGCCACACAUGUCCUUCGGCACCUGGACGGAAGCCCUUGAUGUCAUGCGCGAGAAGUACGACACCGAAUGGUCGCGACCUAAUAAAUGGGGCAAAGUGGAUGAUAAACUGAAAGGUUUGAACAUUGGCGGACGUCUCUGGGAGGCCAGCGGCGCUGAGUGCUCGACGAUGACACGGAUGGCCUAUGCCAGGGCCUUUUCGAUCCCGCCCGGCGGAUGGCCAAAGAUCAAUGGCAAAUACUCACAUGAGGGGUUCUGGCAAGCACAACAUUAUAUCUCCCAUGAGCAGGACGUCAACCCUUGUCGAGACGUCUGA